UGUGCGCGGUGGCGAACGCAGCUCCCCGCUCUCGCUUCCUUCGAGUGUCUUUCAGUUAUGCAUUAGACCAUUAAGGGCGAUGUGCUAGCGCGCGGAAUUACGCGAGAAUUAUGGUGCCACUGGCAGCGCUAAUCAUCCUGCUCGUGCCAACGUCGUUAGCCUCCGACAAUUUGGCCCUGCUCUCAGGCACCCUGCGGACCUACACGCGCGUCAGCUGCGACGACAAUGCGGUGACCUUGCGCUGCCCACAGGGCACGACCAUCUCCGUGCAGCGCGCCCAGUACGAGAGCGACGACCAGUGCCUCUGCAAGAACGGCCAGUGCGUCGCCACCUCGUCGCCUGCGGACAGCAAUGCACUCUGCGUCUGGCCCCACGCCCUCCAGUAUUCUUUAUUGCAGACGGUGGUGGAGGCCUGCCAGAAAAAGAGGAACUGCAAGUUCCAUACGUCACCCAAAUCUUACGGCGGCGAUCCGUGCCCGAGCUCACGCAAGGCUGUAAAAGUGGCUUACAAGUGCAGGCCGUAUGAGUUUCGUUCCAAAGUCGCCUGCAUGAACGAGCUGGUGCAGAUCAAGUGCAACCCACACUCGCGAAUCGCCGUCUACUCGGCCAGUUUCGGCCGCACCGAGUACGAGAGCAUCCAGUGCCCGCAACCCCAGGGGGUUCCUGAGGAAACGUGCUUGACGAGCUACGCGACGGAGACGGUGAUGCAGCUGUGCCACGGCAAGAGACGCUGCCAGUUGAGCUCCGACACGGCCACUUUCGGCGACCCUUGCAGCGAAAACUCCCGCAUGUACCUCAAAGUGGUCUACACGUGUGUUCCGAGACGGGUGCUGAAAGAGCGCUAUGACGAGGGUCAAGAGGAGGACGAGUUUUCGACGCCGACCUCGUUCGUCGGCGACUACGAUAUUGACGAGGGUGUCGACAUGGACUCGGUGUCGCCGGCGCCGGCGGCCGCCAACCCUGAGCAGCCGCAACCCACCAAAAGUUUGUUCGCGCCGCCGCCGCCGCCUCCGUUGACGCCGCCGUCGCCGCCAACCAACAAGCACCACCUUCCCAAAGUUAUCAUUGCUACCAAAGAUUUAUCCCUCCAGGGAGCCGCAGACGCGAGUAAUUGCACCACGGUGAUUUUUAACAAAGUAGCUCCGCGCGCCAACACCCUGGGUUUCGUCUCCCAGUGGGUGGACACGUACGCCUUCCUCAGCAAAAACGAGGAGAAGCUGUACCUGUACCUGAUCGUGAGUUGCGGCCUCGGCGUGGUGCUUCUGCUGCUGCUGGUGAUCGCGCGGCUGCUGGUGCAGAAGCGCAGGGCCACCGGCGGCGCCAAGUACAACCCGAACGACUCGCUGCCCAACGAGUUCGCCGAGGAGAUUUCAGAAAUCGACGCCGACAUCAGUCUGGCGGCGACCACCAUCCCGGCCAUCCCGCCGCCCCCGCCGGCCCCCGCGCAGAGCGAGGUGGUCCGGUACGGGGGCGGCGUGCGGAGGCACGACAGCGACACCAACCCGCGCUCGCUCAGCAGGCCGGGCAACAGUCAGUACUACUACGGGUGAGGCGAGCUGUGUGGGGGGUGCUCCAUCAUCCCACCGCCCCCCACCUAUUGCAUCUGAAGGACUCGUCGCACUCUCCAGUGGUGCAGGCUGUGAUCAUAAAUUAUAUUUAAUUAGCACGAAUUGAAAGAAGCUUAUAUCAGACUGAUCGAUUGUGCUCUCGGACGUGAUUAUUCCGGUGCGUGUGAGUGAAUGAGUGCGCGCGGACAAAACAACUGAAAAAAAGUAAAUUCACCCUGUUGCGCGGCGCGCGGUGUUAAAUUGAUGUACAUUAUGUCUCUCUCGUUGUUGUUGUUUGACACGAACGCCGCGUGUUUGACGAGCGAGCGAGUUCUUGCUGUUGACAAACCCCGUGAGAAAAGAUUUUAUACACAUUGCGAAUCCCCUGCCCUGUUUAAAAGCUCUCUGCUGCUGUUUAUAUUAAA